AUGUUUGAGCUAGUGCUGAUGACGGUGUUCGACGAAUCCGGUGGAAUGGGUGUGUGGACUCGUUGUUGGUGCAAGCUCUCCGUUGACCAGCUUGUGUAUUGGCGUUACCCUGAGGACGAGAUAGAGGCUGCUGCCUCAUCGUCUUCCUCUGCAGCAGCUCCAAUUAGCCGCCUUGAUCUGCGCCGCGUCGUUGCGCCAUGGGCGGUGCAGGCGCCUCGAAAGAUCUGCGUGCGCGCAAACACCCUCUACAUGCGUUCACUGGUCGCAGUGAACCCCAAGAUGCUCCUCAUUGAUACCACAUCUUCCAGUGUUGGAGAACAGGCCCCCACUACUGGCUCGGUCACUGCUGCCAGCAUUCUCCUUCGUGCAUCACCUGACUACAAGUGGAUGGAGCAACGUCACUUGAUCUGCGCGGACUCGGCGGCAGAGAUGGAGUCGUGGCUGAAGCAGUUGAAUCUUGCGCUGGAGGUUCUUCAACGCUGGAUGCCUGAACACUUUGCUCGCCUGGCGCGAUAUGACUCGGGUCUCACUUUCACUCAAUCCGUGGCAGCCAGCCUUGCUUCUCGACUCAAACAGUGGUAA